UGUGUGUGUGUGUGUGUAAUAUAUACACAUAUAUAUGUAACAUAUGUGUGUGUGUGCUACAUCAAAUUCUGUGACAUGGAUAAUUAUAGGAGUUGAACCAAAAAUUGAAUCUUUUCUGACAGUCCACUCUCUCCCUGGGAGAUAGAGAUCCAAGAUGGGGAGGAAGUGCUGGUCUGCAAGGUGAUGAUGCCAACGUCGCUGUUGUCCACACCACACCAUGGGGAGCUGUUUAUCCUGUACUGUUGAUAAUUCGUGUUCUCCUUUUGUGUCACCUUGACAGUGCUACUGACAUUGAUACCCUGGGAAUUAAUCCAUUAGACCUGAGGGAAAUAGUUUCCAGCUCAUGCUUUACAAAUAUAUCCCAUAUGCCUCCGCUGCAGGAGGAGAAGUCCCCAGUGGCAGCAGUCCUGAAGACAGCUGCAUCAGUGUGUGGAGAGUCUGAGGCUUCUGCAUGGCAGGCAGCACAGGAGGGGACCAGGUUCCCUUGUGUCCAGCUCUGCAAUGCCCACAGCUCACUGUGUGCUUCCUGGAAAAGUGAGAGUACGAACACAAGAGAUGUCUCCUUUUCAUCAGAGAUCUUCCUCCUCAGGGGAGACCUUAGACUGACACCCCUGUACCAGAUCCACCUCAGUGCUGGAGUAAGUCCCUCAGAACUUGCUCAUUAACAUCCUCUAUUCCUCCCUCCUUUCCUUUAUUCUAUCCUCCCUACCUCAUUCCCUCCACCCACCCACAAUUCUCCCCUUUCUUUUUGUGUAUAUGUAUGUGCAUAUGUCUGUGUCUUAUGCACGUGGUGUUCAUGCACAAGUGUGGGUGUGAGGGCCAAGGUUGAUGUCUUCCUCGACUACUCUGCCUCAUCAAAAUAUUUUUAAGAUUUAUUAUUUUAUCUAUGCGUAUGAGUGUUUUGCCUAGGUGUAAAUGUGUACAGGCCAGAAAAGGGUGUCAAAUCCCUUGGAACUGGAGUUAUGCAUGACUGUGAAACACCACAUGGGUGUUGGGAAUUAAUCCUGGGUCCUCUGCAAGAGCAGUAAGUGCUUUAAACCGCUAAGCCAGUUCCUCCACUCAGUUUUUCAGACAGGGUGUCUCACCGAAUCUGGAGAUGACCGAUUGGGGUAGAAUGAGUGGCAGACACGUGCUAGGGAUCCUCCUGGCUCUGCCUCCCCAACCCUGGGAUUACAGGCACACAAUGUCACUCUCAGAUUUUUAUGUAUGUGUUGAGAAUCUAAAUUUAGGUCCUCAUGCUUUUGCGACAAAACCUCUCGCAGAGCUGCCUCCAUCGCUCUCCUCCUCUGUUUGUCCCUACCCGGGUCUCUUGGGCCCCUUGGCUGUCUGACUGCUGGGUUUUCAUGUGUUCUCUGAAGACAGGAAGACUCAGGCCACCUGCAAUCUUUGGUUCCUCUUCUGUGAGCCACAAUCUGUUGAUUUUCUGCAGCUUUCUCAGUUUCUAGAAAGUUGUGCCUGUGUCUCCCUUCCUUUGCUCACUCGCAGCCAUUCAUCAGGAUGCCGCUGCCCCGACUGCUGUUUCUGCUCUGGGUCUGCGAGUGGGUACCUGGAAACCACUUUCUUUUCCCUAUGGUGUCCACAGUUACCUGCGAGACACACAAGCUGGAACUGAAGUCCAGCCUAGUGAAAGUGCAGGAGGGUCUGUGUGUCCUUGUGCCCUGCACAUUCUUUGAACAGUCUGGGAACCGAAGCUCAGAUAUGGUCUUUGGCUACUGGUUCAGAGCAGGGGCAAAUACAGACCAUGAUUCGCCCGUGGCUACAAACAAACCAAAUCAACCGGUGAAGAAUCAGGGCCAGUUUCAUCUCUCCGGGGACCCAAGGAAAAAUGAUUGCUCGCUGGACAUCAGAGAUGUGCAGAGGACCGACAGUGGAUCUUACUUCUUCAGGAUGGAAAAAGACUCCUUUAAGUGGAAUUACUAUAUGAAUCAGCUCUCUGUGCAAGUGACAGCCCUCACUCACAUCCCCAACAUCGAUAUUCCACAAACGCUGGAGCUUGGCCUGCCUAACAAUGUGACGUGUUCUGUGCCCUGGGCCUGUGAGCGGGGCACGCCCCCCAUCUUCUCCUGGAUGACAACUGCCCUAGCAUCCCUGGGCCCCAGGACCACCCUCUCCUCAGUGCUGACCCUCACACCCAGGUUCCAGGACCAUGGCACUAACCUCAUCUGCCAAGUGGCCUUCCCUGGAGUCGGUGUGACUGUUCAAAAGACUGUCCAGAUCAAUGUCUCCUGGAUAUCAGGGCCCCUGGCAGAGGUGGUUCUCGUGGCCAUUGGAGAGGCGACUAUCAAAUUCCUGCUUCUUGGGAUCUGCUUCUUCUUCCUAAGCAUAAAAGCCCAGAGGAAGAAAGUAGAGAGGCCAGCAACACAGGUGGACUACGCGGAAACUGCCAUGGAUUAGUCUCUCGGGUGAGUGAUAUGGAAGCCGCCCAGCAUUGGUGUCCCUUGGGACUCUUUCUUGUGAUGGACCCAGUAUGGCCUGGCUUCGCAUGGCCACUGGUGACCCACUACCCUCCCCCAUGGUGCUCCUGGAUUAGCAGCUCCAUCUCUUUCUAGAACUAGCUGGGAAUCUGUGAAUCUCUGCUGUCGCCUCUCUGUACCCCUCACUCCAUGUCCCAUACUAACCCUGUUAUCCACCCAAUCUUGAUCAUUCUUGAACUUUAUCUUCCCUGGCUGCCGACUCUUUCUCACCUCCUGCCUCUCUAGCAGGGCCCCAGAACUUAGUAUACCUGACUCCAUAAUGGGACUACCAUUCAGGCCACAAAACUCAGCACAUAGUCAGCACCACCUACUAAAAUUAACACAAAAAUCUAAUCCAUCAAAGUCCAUAGUUCUGCUAAUGUUGUCUUUUGGCCUCUGUAAUUCUGCUCUGGUUAACUGUUCUUGUUAACAAAGUAUGUCAACCAAGAACAGUGUUUGAGGGCUUAAAAGCUCACACUGAGAAUGUCUUGGUGCUGCACUGGGACCCUGAACACCCAGUGUAGUCUCUGGUCAACUAAUAUAGAUUUUUCUCUUAGCUUAAACCAAGUAGUCUGCUCUGGAAGGUACCCCCACAACAUUUCUGGAAGUUCUACUAAGAUCCCCAGAGAUACUGGAGGUCUCAGAGUCCCCUCGAAAUGAGAAAGAGAGUGGUGGCCAAAGAGCUCCUAGGGGGUACAUAACCUGAGUUCCAGGUCCGCAAGACUUUCUUGGAUCAGUUACCGCCUAACACUUCAGAGAAGCUGGACACCUCCUCUCCAAAAUGAAACCAAUGAGAAAGUCACCAGCAGAGUUAAGUCUGCCUAAGGGGCCUUCUGUUUGGACACAGGAGAGAUCAGACAUGGCUGCUGAUCCAGUGUCCGGGAACCACGUGAGAUGUCAGUGGAUUCCCACCAUCUGUUUGGGUGUAUGAAUGUGUCGGGGUCACCCCUGGUUGUCCUCUCUCUCUCUCUCUCUCUCUCUCUC